UAUAACAUGUUGAUCUGCAAGCUUUAGAGCUGCUGGCAGCUGUUUCCUUCUGUGUCCAGUCUUUGUGUUGCCAGUUGAGGAGUCAUAAUCACCCUUCAGACACGAGUGCCAUGUCCAACAUCUCAUAAAACUCUCUGCCAGCAGAGAAAACAAGCAAAAAGUAAAACUGUUGCUUUAACUGAGACUUGUUUUGUUACAGAAAACACUAAAAUGGAUGAAAGUGGAGGUACUUAAUGAAGAUGAACACAUGUUGCACUUACUGUAAGACAUAGAAGUUUCUAUCAAAUGUCUGAGACGUGAAGUUGUUAAAGGACUAUCAGGUUUUACAUGUGAAUAGCUUAAACAGUGAAUUUAUAAGCAAUCUUGUGGGCUUUCAUUUUGUCAGCUUGCAGCAGAUCUGACAGGAGACGCUCAUUAAUGAAGUGCUGACUACUUGAGGAACAAGUCUGGAUUAUUAACACUCCGUAUUCCAUGUUUGUAAUCCAGCAUAGCUGCUGUCUUUGUUUAAUGCAUCAUUCUAGUUGCCUUGCGUGUUAUAUGUAAAGAAAAAAAAUCUGAUUUUUUUUUUUUUUACUGACAUACGAACUCCCGGUACUUAAAGCCAAGAAUGUCGUUUGAUUCGAGGGUUUUAUUUACAGAAAUUCAACCUCUGAAGGCCUUUGAACAGCAGUAAAUUACAACAAUAAAGAUAUUUUUUAUAAAAUGUGUUGAAUUUGGUUUUUAUAUCAUCUUGGGAACAUGCUUAGAUAGUUUAAGAGCUGCUGCAGCCAGUGUGUGAAUUCAUUUUGAUCUAGUUAAAGGUGCCUGAUUGCAUUAAAAACCGAAUUAUCUUUCAGAGAGGACUUUUAGCCUCUUUCUUCAGAAAAUGAUUAGACUGACGACCCCAAUCAAAUCACAUUUAACCUUUGGAAGCAUACAGCUCACUCAGAACUGAUCAGAAGGAAGAAGUAAAAGAAAUCUUUACCAAAGGUUUGGCUCAGAGGAAUUCAGCAUGAAUGAUUCAGAUUAAGAAGUAGGAUGAGUGAGAGAUCAUAGCAGCUUUUUAAAGUGUCCUCUUGGAGACAUUUCAAGAUGUUUCUCCCAUUCUCAUGGAUCCUGGGAACUUCUGAAUGGAAUUUAAACCCAGUGGACUGCCUACUUCGAGGUCUUGUAGGAGCGUGUGGAAUAUCGGUGCUGUGCAAUCUGAUGAGAGCGUACAACUUCAUUCAGACAUGCACUGAUUCCGAGACAGAUAAUGGAGAUGCACAUGAGUCACCCUCAGUGGUAGGAAGAUUUAGAGCAGCUCUCCAGUUCUGGUCCCAGACUGUCCUCCUGUCUCUGGUGGGCUCCAGGGUUUCCUCUCUGAUUGUGCUGGAGUUUUCUCUCAGAGCUGUUGCUGCCUGGGCAUCAGCAGGACUGGAUGCCAGUGGAAGAGGUGUGGACCUGCUCCUCAUCCAGUGCCAGUUUUCCCUGGGCUGCAGCCUCACUUGUACUCUGGACUUCCUCCAUCAGGGGGCUCCACACAGCUCCCUCAGCCUGUUUCUGGCAGCUGCUCUCAGCUGGGCACUGGCAAACUACAGCCACAGUCUCUGGAACCAUGUGGCCAGACUCUACCGGCUGCAUAGCAGGGAGCGUUACUGUGGGAAGUGCAUCACCCUCCUGACCUCUGGACACACCAUACUGGCUUCAUUGCAAAGAGUGGUUCUUAUGGCUUUCGCUGUAGCAGCCGUGGCCUCCACCGCUACAGUUUAUGACCACUUUCUGUCCCAGAAGGAUGCUCUGAAGUUCUGGACUCCGCUGACGCUCUGCUACACUAUGUUGGUGGUCUACAUUCAAGAGGAACAGCAUCGACAGACUGGUUCUGAGGCCCUCCUGCACACUGUAGUGGUGCGACUGGGAGCUUUACUGGUACUCAUGCUGACUGUGGGCACUUGGUCUGAUGUUCUUCAGGUUCUCACCACUUUUGGGGGGGAAGCAGUCUGUCUGCUGCCCUCUCAGGAUCUGCUGCAGGCUGUGCUAAAGGAAGAAGAAGAAACCAGCUCGAGGAAACAUCAAGUGUGCUUCAGUCCCAAAACAACCACAAGGAGAACAUCAUCAGAUGACAGUUAAUGAUGCAUCCAAACUCUACGUCAAACACCAGCGGCUACCUCAAAUGCAAAGAUGUGCUACUACUCAGUAUUACCAAAAAUUAGAGGGUUUUUGUUUCCACACUUUAUUGAAUAAACUGUCUCCUUGCUGUUACUGAGUCUUGUUUUAAACAGAAGGAAAGGAUGAAGCUGUUUUGAUGGUUCACAAGAGCUGCUUGAUUAUUAAUCUGUAUUCAGGAUGAUGUUUUUUCUCUAGAAAUACAGCACAAGUCAGCUGACUCAUCUACAAGUCAAGGUAUUAGAAGAAUUGAGUUCCCCUGAAAGUAUUUGUGAAGAUUUGUGAAAUUUUAGAUGGAUCUCUAAAAAUCUGACAGCAUGGUUUGUUUGUCACGCAUUUAUUUUUUCUGUCUUGAUUUGCAGAGAUUGUGCAUAAAAUUAAGCUGUUAUUGGUGCAAGAUUCACACAUAGACUUCAAACUUCAGACUGUAAUAAAGAUACCAGCAUACAUGAUGUUCUUGCCAUUAUCAGUGACGCAUGAUGGCACGGGAUCAUAACCUGAAAUAAUAACCAUUUUAAAAAUCAUAUUCUUGUUGCCAACCACCGUAAAACGAACAGGAAGAAACCUAGCCCUCCAUGGUGAAGUCAAGGUGGUUGUUUUUAAUCUGUUUUCUUAAUUUUGUUUUUCUUAUUGAUGUAAUUUCUCAUUUAUUGACCUUUUCAGUUAAUAGCUAGCAUUUUGAAUAUCCAGCUGUGGGUUUUGAUGCCUUGUUUCUGCAACGGGUAGCAAGCUCCAUACUUCAUCCAGCAUAUAAAUGCAGAAGUGGAGGAGACACUACCACCAAAAUCUAAUCAUGGAGGACCCAACUUCAUGAAGACAUCAAAGAAGAAAUUGACUUUGAGCUCAUCUUCGGACAACAAAAGGGAAUCUCUGGCUGAUCAGUUUGUCUUCAAGAUUUAUGUAGCCUUCAUUUUCAUAGAAUGGAAGACGUUUGCAAGUGUAAAGGCAACAGUGGCUGCUUUUUAUCUGUUUUCUUAAUAUUUUUUUCCUAUUGAGAGGAAUAAUGUUAGUAAAAGUUAAACCAAGUGUAUUUUAAAUGUUUGGGGAAAAGGUGAGCUCCACUAAA